CCCAAGAUAAUCAACUUGAUAACGCAUAUCAUAUCCGGCAUCCCAUCCUUGUAAACGCCCCGUGGCCCAAACCUACUGAACAAAUGAGCUCCGCGGUGCGAGGCGCUGCGUCCCUGCUGUGCCGCCGGCUGUCGCAUUAUGCUGCCUCGGCUUCAAGCGGCUGUGCUAUCGUGGGGACACGCGUCGCCACGCUGCACGCCAUUUUUACCCCGUCCAUGGCAGCAGCAGCCCUUGGCGCGCAACACCCACAAGGGGCGCUGCAUGGGCUGGGGCCCAGUCGCGGGUUCGCCAGCGCCCCCCUAGACGUGUCCAAGGAGGUUGACGCCGUGAACGAGCUGUUUGCGGCGGCGCGCGAUGAGAUCGAGUACGCCAAGGAGGAGGCGGAGACGGUGUACUUCAACGAGUCAGUGGCGGAGGCCAAGACGGCCGUGAAGGCGUGCCUGGGCCGCUGGGAGGCGCUGCUGCAGGCGCUGCCGGAGGAGGAGCGGCAGCGGGUGGUGCGCAGCAUGGGGCUCAAGAUAUCGCAGCUGCAGGCCGAGUACGACGAGGUGGCCAAGCUGCACCUGGAGGACCACUGACCCGGGCUGACCCAGACUGACCCGGACUGACUGGGUGGCUUGUGUGUCGCUUGCGUUGCGAAGCACGAGAUUCAGUGUGUGUAAGUAUGCAUGUGUGUAUGCUGUUUGGUAUAGCGUUUGAUGGGCUGAUGUAGCAGGGCAAGGGAGGCAAGUGUGGCGGGUCCCGAGGGCCCGGAUCCCAGGCGUUUGGUGGGGUGGGUGCUCACUUCUGAGGAAUGUGUUUGGAGUUGUUCAGCAAGCCUAGCAUUCACACUAGCUUACAUUUCUUCGAAGCCUACAGCUCGGGGCCGGGGGUGGGGGCGGAGGGCGGAGAUGCUAGCUGCUGGAAGCACCGGAGCCUGGUGGCAGCCGGGGUGGGGCUGUGGCUGUGCAUGGGGCCCCUGGCCGGACUGACUCAGUCCGCGCGGGGCCGCUGGUGCGGGUGGGCUGUAACACACACGCAGC